UACGCACUACCUUCCCUACGCACUACUAUGGCGUUCAAGAUGAUCGUGGCCUUAAGUGGCAUCCUGUUGGCGAUUGCUGAUGCUGACGAUCAAAACUUACAAAAAAGGGUUCUUACUGUGGGGUGCAAGGGAGAUAACUGUCCCAAACCAAAGAAUCAAGCGCAGGACACAUUCCGUCCUACCUCCUGCCUUGAUUAUCUAUCGCGAGGUGACUCCAAAUGUGGCAUGUACAAACUUUACGACACUGCCGGUAACAGUUACCCUGCUUACUGUGAUCUGAAGUCCGAGCCUGGCACAGCGUGGACACUGGUGAUGUCUUGGGCUAACAUGCAUCGUGCGCUAUCUCAGUUCCGCACUGUUCCCCUUAACGGCAACGCUCCAGUGAACGAGAACGCCCAGAAUUGGAAUCUGUACCGCCUGAGCCUGGCACGAAUGAGGUCACUGCAAGCUCAUUCCACUCACUGGCGGGCAACUUGCAGCUACCCAACCUAUGGUGUCGAUUUCAGAGAUUACGUCCGUGGCAACUUCAAGGACUUCAACGUCGUCGAUUUUACCGGGUCUGGCAAGUGCAUGAAGGUGGAAUACGUGAACAUCCGCGGGCACAUGCGCAUGCAUCUGACGGCACGUGUCUGGCAGAGUACCUCUGUGUUUUGGCACAUUGACAGCAGUAGUUCCGGCUGCCAGUUUGACCCAAGAUCUGGCGCAGUAUCAAGCGAGGACAACUUUGGUUAUUACGGUACCAUCAACCCAAAGUUCCGCUGCAACGAGGGACCUGAUUCGACCACUCAGUGGUGGUUUGGAGCUCAUUUGUAAACCCUUUCUAAAGAAGUAAAAGAAGAAGGGGGCUCAGCACUAAAGUGCUCAUCUUGUAACUUUGAUUCAAAAAAUAGCUAUGAUUCAUGUAGCCUUUCACAGAUUCGUUAAUAAAUCUUUAAAAUCAA